UAGAUAAUCCCAAAAAAAUUUAUCCUACCCCCAUUAAAGCAGCCUAUCCCCUACCCCCCUUAAAAAAUAGGAUGCGAAUUGUUCCUACCCCUCCCGCUCAUAUAGACGCUGGCCUUCAUUCAUAGAAUUUAAGUUCGCUCACUUUGGGCUGGUCUAUGACCAACGUGCUAAAUAAGAUAAGAUAUUUUAUACAUCUAUUCAUUAUGGGCAGUCAAUCUUCAACAAUACCCAAUGUUGAAGAAGAUGCAAUGAUGCCUUUAGAAGUUUUUAAUUUACAUAUUGCUGUUAUGCAAAAUGAUCCUAAAACUGUUAGAAAUCUUGGGAAUUUAGGCGUGAAUCUAAAUUCUACUUGGAAGAAUCAUAAAUAUCCCAGUGUUAAAGAUGGUACCACAGCUCUCUGUCAAGCUAUAUCAUUAAAUCAUAAACUCGUUGUUAAUGCACUUUUAAAUUUAGAUGUUGAUAUAAAUAAAUGUGAUUCCUUUGGUUAUACACCUUUGCACAAAGCUUCAUACCAUUCUCGUUAUGAUUUAGCUACAAUUCUUAUUAACAAAGGUGCUAAUGUCCAUUGCAAAGAUCUUGAAGGUGAUACACCAUUACAUAUUUGUUGCAAAGUUGGAAUAAUUCAUCCUACAAUAAAUUUAACAAAAAUGGCUUCACUAUUUAUAGAAUCGAGGGGUGGUAUAAUUUUACUCAACGAUAAGAACAAAAAGGGUAAAACGCCACUUCAUCUAGCUGCAGAAUGGGGUCUACCUCACUUAGUUGAAUUAUUAAUCCAAUCAGGUAGCAGAAUUGACGCCCUCGACGUUUCAUAUCGUACUCCCCUGCAUUGUUGCGCAGACACACUGCUCCAUUAUAAUUCGCUAAGUAGUCGAAAAUUGAAUUUAUUGGCCUUCGCGAAUUGCGUCAAAAUCUUUCUUAUCAAAGGAUGUGACCCUCUCAAUUUGAGCCAAAUGUUUUUUUCCCAUCAAAGCAAUUCGCCUCUCUUUUUUCAAAAGCCGAUAUUUUACAGGCCUAGUUGCAGUACCGACUCUAACGGAUAUCUGGGAGACAUGAUCGAUUCCAACAGUUAUGGAUCAUCAUCGUAUUUUAAUAAUAAUAUAGCGAAUGUGGAUGGAAACGUUGAUCUAAAUAUGUCCGAUGAAUCGGAAACGAUUCGAAGCCACAAUACUUUUUUGAAUUCUAUCCUGCAACCUACUCAACAUUCGAACGUUCCUCUUCCCAUGUCUUGCAUUCGAUCAUUCAUAGAAGGCCAUUUAAAACGUAGUUUUAAAAGCUCUCAUUCUAAUUUAAAUAACUUUAUUGGGAUAAAUGCUAUCAAAAAAUCUCACAUGUUGAACCCUCCUUUGGCUCAUCUGAUGAUGAACGAUCCUGAAUUGUGGGAAGUAUUAAGUCGGCACGUACCUCCUUCCCUUAGACAUUCUUGCCGGGUUCUUAUAAGAUCGAGAGUUAAUAUGACUCAGGAUAAAUUUAUUAUAGCUGUUAAUAAAUAUUUUAAAAUACCCACAACUUUGAAGGAAUAUUUAUUGCGAGUUCCGAUAUAAUGUUUUUUAUUAUUAAAUAUAUAUAUAUAUAUGAUUUUGGUUAACCCCUCAUUUACCGUUAGUGCGAAUUUGCAUACUUUGCCACGAAUUUGCGCUAACUGUGAAUGCAGGGUAAUGGGUUGGUGCAAAUGCGAAUUAUUUACAAUGUUAUUGAAAUGAUAAGAUUUUUAUAAUUUAUCAUAAAAAUAUGUAAAAAAAUGUAUUUUAUGUUUGCAAUAAUUUAUUAGAGUAUAAAUAAUAAUUUAUUUAUAAAUAAAAUAUGUAUGAAUUAUUUUUAUAAUCUUUUUUUUAAAUGAUAACAUUUAUACAAUAACUUUUGUGUUGGAGUGCCUUUCAACAAAACUUGGCGGCUUAAAAAUUAAGACCCAUUUUUGAGAUAAAUUUUGAUUGGAAUUAUAUAUUUAUUGCAUUGCAAAUAUUACAAAACCGAUUUUAAUUUCAAAAAAAUAAAUUAAUUACGAAAAUA